AUGCUCUCCCACCUCCGCAAAGCCCUCCCAUUCCUCCUCCUCCUCCUCUCCCACCCAACCACCCAGCAACAAAUCCCUCCAUGCCACCCCAACACCACCUCCCACCUCCCACCUCAAACCUGGGACUCCCACAUGCACAUCCUGGACCCCAUCCGCUACCCCUACGACCCCAGCGCCCCCUACAACACAAGCGUGCACUCGCUCUGGUCCGCCCUAACCUUUGAAACCCGCCUCGGAAUCUCCAACAUCGUCAUCGUCCAGCCCUCUCUCUACGCAAACAACAACACCUUCCUGCUCACCCAGCUGCGCGCCAUCGGCCCGGAGAACGCACGUGGAGUCGUCCAGUUUGCGCCAGACAUUGCCCGGGGAGUGCUGGAUGAGUGGCAUGGACUCGGUGUGCGGGGUGUACGGCUGAAUUUGCUGGAUAGGGCAAAGGAGAUGAAUGAUAGUGUGCUUGCGGGGUUGGUGCAACAGUAUGCGGAUGUGGUGAGGCCGCUGGGGUGGGUGUUGCAGAUUUAUAUUUCUAUGGAUAGGAUUGCGGAUAUUGAGGAGACGCUGAGCGGGUUGAAUGUUACACUGUGUUUUGAUCAUUUUGGACAUCCUGAGCUGCCGGCGUUAAAGGAGGGGCAGGAGAAGGGGUUCGAUGUUUAUUCGGUGAAGGGGUUUGCGGCUUUGAUAAGGUUGAUUGGGGAGGGGAGGACGUGGGUUAAGUUUUCGGGUGCGUAUCGGAUUGAUGGGAAGAUGGUGGCGUUGAAUAAUGUGGCGAGUGAGAUACUAAAGGUUAGGACGGAUAGGAUGGUGUUUGCGACAGAUUGGCCGCAUACGAGGUUCGAGGAUUAUGAUGUUCGGCCGUUUGUGAAGAGGUGUCUGGAAUGGGCGCAGGAAUUCAACUGCGUGGACCAGAUGUUCAGUGGAAAUGCGAAGACGCUGUGGGAUGUCGAGGGUUAA